AUGGAUCUGGGCUUCGAGCCCGGCGUCUACAACCACCCCGUCGUCGUCCUGUCGCCCAUGCUGAGUGCCGGCGAGUUGACUUCGUUUGGAGGGACCAGCCUCGUGGACAAGUUUCCCACCGAGACGAGAGCCAGGGGCCGUUACCUGCCCAUCAAGCCGAGUGCUCCUCAUCCCGACAACAAGAUGCUGCUCGAGCUGUGCGAGGCCGAGGACAGGCUGACCAAGGACUCGUACGUGCACAUUAGCAAGGUUCUCAGAGCUAAAUUCAAGGCACUGCGGCCCUAUGCGUCGCACUGGCUCCGGAGCCCGUAUCUCUCGGAUAAUUCGUACCGUCAGCUCAUCUUGCAUGCUCAGUAUCCGGUUCCCGGGCAGCUGAAUGGCAGAAUUGCUGGAUACGGCUGGACAUUGGUGCUGCCUCCCUCGCAGACUGCAACAAGGCCCCAGAGGUCGCGGUAUGAUAUCCCGGACCGGCCCGUUUACGGCGGGAUACAAUCGCCGGGGCGCCUGCCGACGUCUUUUUCCUAUUCUCAGAUGAGUGUCACGCGGCAGGCGCGGUAUAAUGAGAGGACGCCUUUGUUGCCGACUCCCCGGCCUGCGAAUCCUCCGCGGCCAGUUCUUGCAAGGCGAGUUUGGGGACGGAAUACACACGCGAGGAAUUCACGACGACUAGUGUCGAUAGACUGGGCCAAGGUCUUUGGAAUACUCUGGGCGCUGGUGAUUAUUAUUGCGGCAUGCUACGGAAUAUAUUGGCUCGUCGAACACUUGGUUCAGCUAGUGUCGGUAUGUUGGCUCUGGCUGCAACACGCCGUCACACACAUGGCGGCGACUAUCAAGAAUUGGUUUGGGAAUCUACUGGGCCACGCGGAACUCAUCUAG